UAUAUAUAUAUAUAUAUAUCAUUUAUUUGCUGCGUUAUCACAAAUGUUCAAAGUGCAAUAAAAGAGUGCAAUCAAGUGAUCCGUCGUUAAAUUUAUCAAGUUCCGGCGCAUCGCGACGCCGGAUUAUCAUUCCUUGAGAUCAUCCCGAGCUCUGGCUGACGGGAAAUGUUCCGGAAGUGCAAGCUGCAGCAACGCGACAGCAACUGCCGACCGCCCGAUAUACACAGAUAACGCGAAUGAUCGCGAAAGAUCAAGAUCGAGAUUGAAACAUAGAAAAUCUAGUUCAAGGGGCAAGGAAUCAAGAUCAAGAUCGAUAAGCAGAAGAUUUAAAUUUAAAAAUGAGAAGGACAGUGAUAAAGAAUCAAGGAAUCCCACAAAGAGGGUAACAGAUGAGUCCUUAGAAUUAUCAAAGAGGAUUGACAAUCGAUUGAAAGUAGAUCGUAUUAGAAGAUUUAAUAUAGCGGACAAUUUCUUGCGAAGAGUGUUAAAGAAGAAUAUCGGUAAGAAAGAUAGAUUCCUAAAAACUAUCAGCCAAUCGUUUCUAAAGAAGAGUAUCCAGCAAAAUUCAAAUCUAAGGAGGAAAAAUGUUUGGAAAAAUUUCUUGUUAAAAAAGGAUUCGAGAAAAGUAUUAUUUGGCAAGAGAAGCUAUCGACAGAGUAUAAUAUUAAAAAGAGAAGAUAUCAGAAAAAUUUUAAGAAGGGAUAUUAAUGAAUGUUGUCUUUUGCUGAAAAAAAAUAUUCAAAAAAGAAUAUUGUCGACUGAUAGAGGCGAUCGACAGAUCCUAAUAUUAGCGAAUAAGGACAGUUACGAAAAUCCACUGAAGAAUAACAUACAGACAAAGAUAUUAUUAACCGAAAUAAACAAUAAACAGAGAGCAAUAAUUGCAAAGAAAUAUAACCUAGAUAGUCCUUUAUUGUUAAAGAAAGAGAGGAUUGCUGAAGACAUCCAUAAAAGCAUUAUAUUGACAAAGAGAAAAAGUGAAGAAAAUUCAUUGUUGACGAAGCUAAAUCUUGAAGAGCAAUCAACACAAGAACAUGACAAAAAGGAUCUGUUAUCAGAGAAGAAGAAUAUUCAUAAGGAUUUAGCUAAUGAGAUCUCGCAGUUGACAACGAAAGGUAUUGAAGAAACUACAUUAUUCUCGAAGGAUUAUGUUCAAAAGAGUCCACAUCUUUUGAUGAAGAAAAAUGUCAACGACAAUUCGAAGAAGAAUACUUCAAUUGACCCAUUAAUGCAAUUAAUGGACAAAUAUACUCAGAAAAGUGCAGAGUUGUCAAAGAGCAGUUUCGAUAAUAAAAUAUUUUUAACAAAGAAAGAUUUUGAAGAAGCUUCACAAUUGUCUGUAUGUGUAAAAAAGAGUUCCUCGUCAUUGGAAAGAAAAGAUAUUUCUAAUGAUAUAAAGUUAACAGCACGGAUUGCACACAAGAAUAAUUUUUUAUUGACCAAAGAUAUUUCUAAGCAAGGCCUGCCAUCGAAAUUAACAAAAAGAACAGUUCAAGAUUUUUCUUUGACCAGGGAAUUUUGUUCUUUAAGUGGGGAAGAUAUUUCUUUAGUUGAAAAAAAGAAGAGACUAUCACAACCAACAAAACAAACCAUCUAUAACGAUCUUUCAUUAAAUAAUUUAAAAUUUAAACAAACGAACGAUUUAAUUGAUCUCCCUCAUCAUCAAUCAUCGAUUAUUCAUAGACGUCAUCUUCUAUCCAAAGUUUCUCAGCAAGUUCUUCAGGGAUCUAAAAAAGUACGGGAAGAACACAAUAGUGACUAUAAAGCAAAGCGGUCGCCUCCACCGGAUGAAGACUGCUUGAGCCAAAGGUCAACAGGGAUUGAUAACGACGGGUCAGCUGAUAAAGACGAUUCGUCAAUCGUAAAAUGCAGACUUACGGAUUCGAAUUACUAUGCGAAACAUCAGUCGAUCGCGAAACCAUCCGAAGUGCAUAUUGCAAUUUCUAAAGUCUUCUCUUGCCCAAAGCAACUAGUAGAUAGCUCCAAAGAAGAUUCAGAAGCCAAUUUCAUUGUCGAAUCCCCUGAAAGUGUGUCAGGAUGUACAGAUUUUGAAAAAGAUCUGAAGAACCUGAAGAAUCCAGCCAGUAAGAUAAAAGAUACCGAAAAGAUUUUAAAAAUUCAAGCCAUCGAGGCAAAACACGAAAAGAUAUUAAAGAAACCAGUCGUCGAAAUAAAAAACUCCAGAGAGAUCUUGAAAAAUCCAAUCAUCAGGUUAAAAGAUUGUGAAGAAACUUUAACGAGGCAAGUUAUUAAAGUGAACAGUGACGAUUUGCCAAUCUUGAAGAUAAUUGAUAACUUCGAAGAUCCAAAUUAUCAGCGAACAAUCUAUCAAAAUUCACAGAAGUUUUCCAAUCAUAUAAAUCAUCGAUUGGAUAAACCUGUAGAUCGACGAUUAUCAUUAAUAGUAAAUUCUACAAAAAGUCAGGAAAAUAUCUUCAGGAAAAAUCCAUCCAUUAAGAUAGAAGAGUUAGUCACCAAGAUCUGUACCAACAAUUCGCCUACCUUGAAGAUAAUCAACAAUCUUGAAUCUUCGAAUAGCCAACGACUAAUCCGCCACACUUACCGUCUCGUAGAUCAUCGACUGGAUGAUUUGCAGUUGCCAAUAAUUAAGCAAAAAUUGUUAGAAGAUAACAAGAGAAGUGAAUCGAUCAGUAGACUCCAUAAGAAUCCCAAAAUGAAAUUAACCAUUAGACUUAUCCGCAUUCGCGACAAGCUGGUGCUGGGACUAAGCGCGUUCGCUAUCGUGUUUACGCUUCUGCUAGUGAUGGACCUGCAGAUGGACCUGGGCUACAGUGGCCAUCACCUGACCCCCAGCCAUGCUCGCAUCAGGGUCGGCGACCCGGCGGACGCCGACAGUGUCUACAACAACUUCCGCCGGAAGUUCCUUCAACGAGGUAAUGGUAGCCGAGAACAGGCAAAUGGCGACACGACGCCCGCCGUUGAAAAAUCCGGGAAAAGCGAACUGAUGCCAUCGUCGUCGACGAUGAGAAAGCACGACGAUUUCGCAGAUUUGGUGGAUUUGAUGGUGAAUGGAUACGCGAUGAAUGUUGACGAAGGAGUGGCAAGAAUUAGCGGGGAGAACCGAAAGUAUAAUCCGACAAUUGGAGAGCUGAAGAAGAUGAGGCUAAGAAAAAACGGCACAACGUUGGAGAAGUUUCAUCUGCAGAUCUCAAGAUUGGAGUUAUAUCCCAAGAAUUCAAAAUACGUGGACCAGUUGCUUCACGAGAUGGCGACUAAGCCGAUUCUUCAUGUCGUUCAGAAGGACGGCGGCACGCAAUUAAAAUUAGUCAUUGACUAUGGUGAUAACAUGCAAGCAUUAUUUAAACCAAUGCGAUUCCCGCGAGAGCAACAAACUUUGCCGAAUCAUUUCUACUUCACUGACUUCGAGAGACAUACCGCUGAAAUCGCUUCCUUCCAUCUAGACAGGCUUUUGGGGUUCCACAGAGCGAUGCCAGUAACCGGCCGAACUCUCAAUGUUACAACAGAAAUUUAUCAGAUUGCCGAUGGCGAGCUGCUCAAGACGUUCUUUGUAAGUCCAGCUGGCAAUCUGUGCUUCCAUGGCAAAUGCAGUUAUUAUUGUGACACCGCACACGCGGUUUGCGGUAGUCCCGACACCCUGGAGGGCAGCUUUGCCGCUUUUCUGCCCGACAAAGCCUUCGCCGCCAGGAAGGCCUGGCGACACCCUUGGCGCAGGAGUUAUCACAAGCGGAAGAAGGCCCAAUGGGAAAACGAUUCCGACUAUUGCUCCCUAGUAAAAGAAAUCUCACCAUAUGACGAAGGUCGAAGAUUGCUCGAUCUAAUGGACAUGGCCGUCUUCGAUUUUUUAACGGGCAAUAUGGACCGUCAUCAUUACGAGACAUUUAGGAUUUUUGGAAACGAUAGUUUCACGUUGCAUCUGGACCACGGAAGAGGUUUUGGGAAACCCUUUCACGAUGAGACGUCUAUUUUAGCACCUCUCUUACAAUGCUGUAUGAUUAGACAGACAACUUUAAGUACUCUACUCCGCUUUCACAACGGGCCUAUACGGCUUAGCGCUGCUAUGCGACAGAGCAUGGCGAGAGAUCCCGUGGCCCCUGUUUUAUGGGAACCCCAUCUAUACGCCUUGGACCGGCGGAUAGGCGUCAUCCUGCAAGCUGUCCGCGAUUGCAUCGCCCGUGAAAAUUCUUCGCAGCAGGUUAUCCGCGAUGAUACAAUUGAGCCGAAAUUAUAGUCUUUGAUCGCGACUGAGAAUAAUUAAUUGCGAUAAACAUGUAAAGAAGUCUCUUUUUAUAAAGGCAUUAAUAGAGUUAAUAUUUCUACAUUUCUUCUCUUUCUUUUUAUUUAUAAUAUUUCCAAUAUGUUUUCUAUUAAUUCAUAAAUAGAAAUUAAAUUGUUUAUUUAAUUGAUUAUUAAUUGAUUAUUGAAUUAAUUGAUUAUUAAAUGGAUUAUAUUAAAUCGAUCAGACAAAUGAAUUUUAUUUUAAAAAUUGAGUUUCAUUUUACUUUUAAUUUAUUAUAAGAUCCGCAUUUUUAUUAUUGUUUAUCAUUUUUUCUUUUGUUUGAUUAAAUCGAUGUAAAUUAUACCAAAUAAUUUGAUUCACUUAAUCAUCAAAAUUUAUAAUAAUUAUAAUAUUUAUAAUAAUUAUAAAAUUUAUAAUAUUUUAGAAUUAUAAAAUUAAUUUGAUGCAGAGAUUAUUAUAUUUAUUAUUUAUCGUCCGUGUUUUUAUCAACUCUUAGAGAACAAUUUUAUUUUUUAUGUAUUAAUAUAUUAACUAUCAUAGAAUGAGAAUUAUAAUUAAUUAAAAUGUUGAUUGUGCAUAUAAUAUUUUUUUUGCCUCAAAUAAAAUUAUAAUGCGCACAAAAAAAUUAAUCUAUUAAUUAUAAUAAAUUUUUAAUUUUAUUAGAAGAAGCGUUAAUUUCCGUAAAUUUCCGUGAGUAUUAAGCGUUAAUUUUUCACAAAAUGUUGCUCAACAAUGUACCAAAAAUAAUAAAAAGUUAAACAUAGUGUUUAUAACCAAUUCAAUGAAUAUUAAAGGAAUAUUCGUAAUAUUUUAUAUAUUCUUCGUAAAGAGAAUUAUAGGUAAUUGUUUUAUUGCAGCUAAAUUAAUAUUUUUAAAUUAUGAUCUGGUAGCUUUUAAUACAUGUAAUUAGAAACAAAAAAUAUAUAAUUUUACAUAAUAAAAAAAAAAUUAAUUGUUUAAGAAAGAAUUUAUAAGAAGAAAGAAUGUUAAGAAGAAACUAAUGCCUAUUAAAGAGAGACAUUUAAAACCGAGUUAAGUUUUUUGAUGUUUAUCUUCUUUAAAUUCUUUAUCAGAAAUAAUUGAAUAUGUUCUUAGGAUUAUUUAUUCUUUUAAUUAAUUUUAAAAUGAGAAAAUAAUAAUAAUUUUAUGUAUUUUAAAAUAGCUUUAAUCAAUGCUAUACUAUAUAGUUACCUUUUCCAAAGAAAAGAGAAUAUAUUCGAACAUAUCAAUAAAUAUCUUGCUUAAAUCACACAUUAGUUUCAUUUUGAUAAGGAAAUUUGUAAUGUAUAAUAAAGAGGCUAUUAUGCAUAUUAUGUGUAUUAUGUAUAUGUGAGUGUGUGCAUGCGUAUAUAAUACUUAUAAUUAUAAAUAUACAAUUUUUACUCAUAAAUGAGAUAUGUAUGCAUAUUUUGAUUGCGACUUAGCGAUAAUCAAAAGAAAUUUUGUUAGUGCAAUAAAUGUCAAUGUAAAUAAUUUUAACUAACAAUGUUAGAAAAUCAAUCUUCUAUAUAUUGGCCAAAAUUCCAUUUUUAAAACGAAGAUUUUAUUACUUAUAUAUUUUUUAUAUAUUUCAAAGAAUAUACAUAAAAUAAUUAUAAUUGUUAGACAUUAAUAAGUUAUAGAUAAAUAAUGAUCUAUAACAAUAAUAUUUCAAUGGUUUUAUUAUUUUAGUAUUAUAAUUCUCAAAGACUUUUAAAAAUAAUUGUAAUGUGUGUAUGCGUAUUUUGUAUAUAUAUGGGAAGAAAGAGAGAGAAAAUCAAUAAUUAUAUGUAAAAAUUAUUAACUAUUAAUUACUAAUUAUUAUCUAAUAAUUACUAGCGAUUAUAAAAUUGUUACUAAUUAUAAAAUUGUUUAUAUAAUCUCUAUGGCCUGCGAAAUGAAUUAAAAACAAGUAAUAUAAUAACAUUUCUGUAAAUAAAACGAUUUAAUUUUGAGAGCGUGAAAGGGGAGCGUUAAUGUUUAUAUCAUGUGCGUGAGUGAAAUUUGCGUGUAUAAAGAGCUUGUAUAAGAGAGCUUUUGUAAAUUACCUUUCAUGUUUUAAUUUUCUUGUGUAUAUAUGCACCUGUACGUGAAAAAAAAAAUGCAUUAAAAAGAAAAACGGAUUGCAUUAUUUUGAA